AUGGGAAGAAAAGCUAUCCUCGUAAAUGCGCCUGAUGCCGGUGACAUCAGCCUGGGACGGCUUGUUGUUCUCGUGAACCGGGGACCCGUCGUUUUUGAGCAUGAAGUCCCCACCAUUGUAUAUCAUGAUGGAAUCCCAAUCGACGUGCUCGUUGGUGGCUCCCCGCCUCGGGAUUUCUGCCGGAUACAACUUGCCGGCCUGAGACUGCUCGGGGAGGUAGUUGGCGCCGGCGAAUUUAUAAUCCUGUGCGAACGAGGACCACUUGCACAUGUUUUCCGUCUGCUGCUGCACCUUUACCGGGUCGUCGGGGAACUUUGCGCGGAUGAUGUCGACCGAAUCCUGCGAGUAGGGCGACUGCCAAAACAUGGGGUUCUGGUGCUCGUGGUACAGGCCCCAGACGUGGCCAAUCUCGUGCGCCACGGUGCCGAUGAAGCGCGUCCUGCCCUCCACGGCGCGCAGGUCCGUGUUGAUGUACAUCUCGGGCCCAACGUAGUCGGUGGCUGCGUUGACCGGCUCGAUGCCCAGGGUGGCGUAGCCGGCAGAGGUCUCGAUUCCCGGCUGCUCGUCGUCGGGAGUGAUGCGCACGACGAGGAUCUUGUCGCGGUCCUGGUGCCCGGUGCAGGACGUGCCCGGGUCCGCCACCUCCGAGUACUUGUACACGCCCGAGGCGAGCCCGGCCGUCUUCCACAUGUUGGCUGCCUGGACAAAGUACGAGUGCAGGUUGCGUCUGGCCGCCUUGGACUCGUAGCAGUACUUGAUGGUCUUGUCUGGCCAUGGUUUGGAGUCGCCAAGGUUGGGGUCGAUGGUCAGGUAGCGCUUCUUGACGGCGAGGUGGCGCCGGACCAGAGCAUCCUUGACAGCGUGCCCGGACGGGUCGGCUUGGAUCACCACGUCGCGUUUGUUGAUGUGCCUGAGCUGCGGCUGCCAGGCUGCGCUUCCGCCUUGAACGGGAUGCACUCCCGCGAGGACCGCGAGGAAGAUGGAGUACGUUGCGAGCAACAUGCUUUCUGUUGA